UGGGACCAGGAGCCGGUGUUUAAGCCUCGGGCAGACAUUGUCCCUCCUUCUCCCUCCCGCCUUCCCCCGCCACCCCGCAAGCGGGACGCUGUGCUCCGGCGGCUGCUGACACUAAGCGAGAUGGAUGGGUUCAACAGCAUAGGGACUGUCGCCUGGGGCAGCUCAUCCUUCCAGUCCACGGUGGUGGUAGGCGGUCAGGUGGGGGCGGGGGCUUGCUCCACAGCUCUUGCACUGGGCCCCGAUAGAUGUGGGGAGAGAUGGAUGGGCCUAGGGUGCGGGGAUCCAGCAGGCGAUAUAUAGCUCUGACCUGGGCGGGAGUCCAGGCUGGCGAGUUGCAGGAUGAGCAGCAAGGAUAAAGACGCGAUGACUGGGGCAUCCUCGGACCCAGGUAGGGCGGCGGUGGCGGCCAGUUACCAGCUCUUCGAGCCCCGCGCCUAUCUCCGCAACAACUAUGGACCCCCUCGAGGGGACUUGCGCCAAGCAGAUGGUGUGGGACCCUGGAAACUGCGAUGUCUAGCCGAGACUUUUGCCACGGGUGAGGUGAGUGGUCAUAGCCUCAUUGAUAUUGGCUCUGGCCCCACUGUGUACCAGCUGCUCAGCGCUUGUGCCCACUUUGAGGACAUCACUAUGACUGACUUCUUGGAGGUGAAUCGCCAGGAGCUGGGGGUCUGGCUCCGACAGGACCCUGGUGCCUUUGACUGGAGCCCCUAUAGUCAACGUGUCUGCCUCAUUGAGGGCAAAGGAGAAUCCUGGCAGGAGAAGGAGCGCCAGCUUCGUUCCAAAGUGAAGAGGAUUCUACCCAUUGAUGUGCACCAGCCCCAGCCGCUGGGUCCUGGGAGUUCGGCCCCUUUGCCCACCGAUGCCCUGGUCUCAGCCUUCUGCCUGGAGGCCGUGAGCCCUGACUACGCCAGUUUCCAGAGGGCUCUGGACCACAUCACCACCCUGCUGAGAUCCAGUGGGCACCUCCUGCUCAUAGGAGCUCUGGAGGAGUCCUGGUACCUGGCAGGGGAGGCCAAGCUGUCUGUGGUUCCCAUACAGGAGGGAGAGGUGAGAGAAGCUUUGCGUCGAAGUGGGUACCGGGUUCGAGAUUUCCGAACGUACACCAUGCCUGCACACCUGCAGACUGGUGUGGAUGAUGUCAAAGGCAUCUUCUUUGUUUGGGCACAGAAGACAGCGGCAUGAAGGACCUAUGUCUGGUGCCCAUUCAUUUCAGGGUCUGCACUGAUGCCUGAGGUGGCACAAUCAAAAACAUAGGCCCCAUUUCUUAGGUGUCUUUAGUCACUGAGAUUCUCACAGAAAAUUCAUAGGUGUCUGGAAGUCUCUUGUUGCUAGGCAUGGGGGAGGAUGGAGGAAGGACACAAGAAUCCAGUAGCCUGUUCAAUAAAGUUUUCUU